AUGGCGGCCAAAUUGAACACUUCGCUUCAUAACGCCCUCUGUUUGUUAAACCCUUUCAAUACCCCAUUCAGUAUCAAACCGUUCUCUUCUAGAAACAGCUUCAGAUUUUCCAAAAAGCUCAAUUCGUCCCAAUACUCCUCCGGGAGGAGAGCUCUCUACUGCACUUCCAGCCAUGAAAACGACGCCGAGACAUUUGUCCUCACCACUCCUCUUUAUUACGUAAAUGCCCCUCCCCACAUGGGCAGUGCUUACACCACCAUCGCCGCCGAUUCAAUUGCCCGUUUCCAGAGGCUUCUUGGCAAGAAGGUUAUCUUCAUCACAGGAACAGAUGAGCAUGGUGAGAAGAUUGCUACUUCAGCAGCUGCAAAUGGACGCAAUCCCGGUGACCACUGUGAUCUCAUCUCUCAAUCGUAUCGAACUCUUUGGAAAGAGCUCGAUAUAGCUUAUGACAAAUUUAUCAGAACCACUGAUCCUAAACAUGAAGCAAUCGUGAAAGAGUUCUACGCUCGAGUUUUCGCAAACGGUGACAUAUACAGAGCUGAUUACGAAGGUCUUUACUGUGUUAACUGCGAGGAAUACAAGGAUGAGAAAGAGCUGCUUGAGAACAAUUGUUGCCCUGUUCAUCAAAUGCCAUGUGUUGCAAGGAAAGAAGAUAACUACUUCUUUGCUCUAUCUAAGUAUCAGAAACCACUUGAAGAGAUUUUGUCACAGAAUCCUCGUUUUGUGCAGCCUUCUUAUCGUCUAAAUGAGGUGCAAAGUUGGAUAAAGAGUGGCUUAAGAGACUUUUCCAUAUCUCGAGCAUUAGUAGAUUGGGGAAUUCCUGUUCCUGAUGACGAUAAGCAAACCAUAUAUGUUUGGUUUGACGCUCUUCUUGGUUACAUAUCAGCUUUAACAGAUGACAACGAGCAACAAAAUCUUGAAACUGCAGUUUCAUUAGGCUGGCCUGCUUCAUUGCAUUUGAUCGGGAAGGAUAUUCUACGAUUUCAUGCUGUUUAUUGGCCUGCCAUGUUAAUGUCUGCUGGUCUGACCCUUCCCAAGAUGGUGUUUGGCCAUGGGUUUCUGACAAAGGAUGGAAUGAAGAUGGGAAAAUCGUUGGGUAAUACAUUAGAACCUUUUGAGUUGGUUCAGAAAUUUGGUCCAGAUGCUGUCAGGUACUUCUUCCUACGUGAGGUUGAGUUUGGAAACGAUGGGGACUAUUCAGAAGACCGGUUUAUAAGUAUCGUCAAUGCACAUCUGGCCAACACCAUAGGAAAUCUACUAAACCGUACUCUCGGCCUUCUUAAGAAGAAUUGUGAGUCCACUUUAGUGGUAGACUCAACUUCUGCAGCCGAAGGAAUUCCUUUGAAAGACACAGUGGAGAAGCUGGUUGAAAAGGCUCAGACAAACUACGAGAAUCUGUCACUUUCAUCGGCGUGUGAGGCUGUGUUAGAGAUUGGAAAUGCUGGAAAUCUCUACAUGGAUCAGCGAGCACCUUGGCUUCUUUUCAAACAAGGUGGUGUCUCAGCUGAAGCUGCAGCCAAGGAUCUGGUGAUUAUACUGGAAGUAAUGAGAAUUAUAGCGAUUGCACUAUCCCCUAUUGCUCCUUGCUUAAGCCUGAGGAUAUAUUCACAGCUUGGCUUUUCACUUGAUCAGUUCAAUAGCAUAACAUGGAAUGACACCAAGUGGGGAGGGCUAAAGGGAGGGCAAGUAAUGGCGCAAGCGAGUCCUGUAUUUGCAAGGAUCGAGCUUAACCCAGAGAAGAAUGAAGAGGAGAAGAAGGUAAAGGAGAGUAAGAAAACUGGAAAAGCUAAGGUCAAAGUAGAGCUGCAACCUAAGACUGUAGCAGAAGCUUAA